UUUUUUAUUUUACUCAUCAUUAAAAGUGGCUGCUAUUUAGGGCUGUUGGGAACAUUAAGCCUUAUUUUGUAGAUCAGAGUGUUUCCUGACUGCUGUAAUGAAACCAAUUAACUGUACUCUUUUAGUUUCAGUUUCAAGUCACCUAAAAGACAGAGGAGGGGUCACCAUGCAGCACAGUACAGACAGGGGUAUGCCCUGGAACAGGACCCAGCACGUCCUAAGCCAGAACUGGCACGUUGAAAGGCAUCCUGGGAAACGGGGGCAGCCCCAUGGGGCAGUUUAGCAUUUUAGUACGAUACAUUUAUCAGCAGAUGGUAGGUGUUUUGGAUUAAGACGCAGCUAUGUUCUUAACGUGGCUGUUCCUCUCUCUUCAGCACCCUCUCCAGCUGUUCGCACGCCGUGGUGGCUCUGCUGUACCCCUUCUCCUGGCAGCACACCUUCAUUCCUGUCCUGCCCUCGUCCAUGAUAGACAUUGUGUGCUGCCCUACCCCCUUCCUGGUGGGACUGCUCUCCAGCUCUCUGCCCAAGCUGAAGGAGCUGCCUGUAGAGGAGGCUUUGAUGGUUAACCUGGGAUCUGAUCGAUUCAUCAGACAGAUGGAUGAUGAAGACACACUAUUACCUAGAAAACUGCAGGCGGCUCUGGAGCAGGCUUUGGAGAGAAAGAAUGAACUGAUAAAUCAGGACUCAGAUAGUGAUUCGGAUGAUGAAUGUAACACCCUGAAUGGAUUAGUGUCUGAGGUUUUUAUCCGAUUCUUUGUGGAGACAGUUGGCCAUUAUUCCCUGUUCCUAACCCAGAAUGAAAAAGGAGAGCGUGCCUUCCAAAGGGAGGCUUUCCGCAAAUCUGUGGCCUCCAAGAGUAUCCGCCGCUUCUUGGAAGUUUUCAUGGAAUCCCAAAUGUUUGCUGGUUUCAUCCAGGACCGAGAGCUGAGAAAAUGCAGGGCAAAAGGUCUCUUUGAACAGAGGGUUGAACAGUAUUUGGAAGAACUUCCGGACACUGAACAAAGUGGAGUAAACAAGUUUCUGCGAGGUCUUGGAAACAAAAUGAAGUUCCUUCACAAGAAGAAUUAACUCCUUUCUGCUGAAAUGCCAACCCAAAGACUAUUUAUGACACUGUGCAUGACACUGUGCAUGACACACCUGCAACUUUUCAGAUUUUGGUGUGGGAGGUGAAUGAAAUAAGCUGACCACAGCUUUAAGUGACUACAGAUGCUGUUAGACAGUGUGCCAGAUGAUGGCUCUUUUAUGUAUUUGGAUAGAAUUUGUAAAUAAUGUGCUGUAAGCUUUUGUAACUGAUUUUGUAAUGAGCAAGGAAAACUGUGGUAAAUAUUUGUAUAUUCCUGAGAAUAACAGGUGCUUUUUUCUUUAGUAUGAAUUAUGCUUGGUGCAAAAUUGAAUAGCUGAUUUUGUGCAGCUGACUGUCUCAGCAGAACCACUGACUUCAAGGGAUGUUUGUGAGAACUACACUGAUGCCUGAAUACUGCCGUAAUGAAUGAACUCUGGGGUACAUGGGAGAGGUUGUGUGCGGGGGGGCUGGUUUCAUGUUGCAGAGUUGGGGUUUUUUUUUCCUAAUUUCCUUCUAAUUCAUUUUAAAAGAAAGAAAUAACAAAGUAACUUUAUAAUAAGGUACUUGGUUCACUAUACAAAACUUCCACUUGGUUUGAACUAUGGUCAGUAAACUACUUAUAACACAUUCUGCGUUAGGACUGCUAAACAUGAGGAAAUCUCAGUUCUUUGACAUGCAAGCUGCAAUGACUAGGUACAGUACAUCCUUUCCGUAUGUAUGUAUGUAUGGUUUCUAAUAAACUGUGUAAAUAUAUCUGUUUGUUUAUAUUCAUUAGAAACCUUUGCAGAUUUCUGCUGUUGAGUAGGUACAAAGUCAGAGUAAAUUUUCUGUUAUUUUAAUGAUUUUGUAAUUAAAAUGCAAAACGGUUAUGAACCUGUCUUUUAGUAGGUUUGCUGUUUCACACCAUGUGUGGGGGGUUCCUACUUAAUGUUAUUCACUGGGGCUGAGAUGACAUUUUAUAACACUGCUCUUUUAAUUUAAAGCUAACAAAAUCAUCUUUUUUAUAGACUUUUUUCUUUACAUAGAACAGCAGAGAAUUAUUUGUGUCAUUGUUAAUAUCAUAGACACUAUUCCUGAACAGUGAUAUUUUCAGGUUGAUUUUGAGCUAUCUUGUUUAAAUGAUUUGAGUAGAACAACGGGAGCUGGUAGCAGAGCCUUUGCCUGACUUUCUGAUGAGCUGAUGACUUGUCUUUUAUGAUAGUUUCUUUCUGUCUAGGUGCUGCUUUCAUCUCAGUGAAGACCAUUCAGCACGACAGAAAGGGUUAGUCGGCUCAUUCUGCAGGGCAGUGAGUAUUACCUAAGUACCACAUUUAUCUUUAAUCUGGUAGCAUAACAUACUGUGAUUCUGCUGCCAUGCUGUUUUUAUUCUAUAAGCUUUUCCUUAGUUUGAAGUAAAGAACAUAAAAUAUUUGAAAAUAUUUGCGAGUCUGACAGGUAAUGAAAAUUCUGUCCCUUAAAAAAAAAAAAAGGGAACACUGGAUUUUUUUCCAUUUUCAGCAUGGUUUCUUUCCUUGAUCGGACUGGCUUUGAGGCGUGCGCAAUUCCUAACCUGGCAGUGGUUCUGGUUUGCUAUCAGCCUCAUAGAACAAUAUCGAGGGUUUAUUUGCUAAAAAGGUGAAGUCGUUUCCUUUUUCUUUUUCUUCCCUCACACCCUUGUAUAUACAAAAGCUUGUUACCCAUAGAUGGUAAGAAGUAUCCGUAAAAUGUAAAAUACCAAGUGCCUUUGAUUCACUGGAAAUGUAAAUGACAAACGUUAAUUUCUACUAGUAUUACUCUGUAAUAUGCUGUAAACUACAGAAUGACUUCUAGAUUUAGUUCUUCACACCAGAAAGAAUAACCUUCACUUUCAUAGGUGGAAGAUGGCUAUUUUAUGAACAACAGCUGCUGGUAAAUACAUGGGGAAAACAACAGAUAAAACAUCACUGUUGGCUGAAGGAAAUGCUGCCAAGGGAACAGUUGUUAUAAACAGAAGAAAGAGAGGGCUACAGAGCGCUGAUGUACAAGACUGGUGUUGUAAAACACGUCUCCAUACUGCACUUUAGAAAUCUAAGUAGAACGCUUUCAAAUAUUAAAUAACCCAUCACCAUGUCGUUCCAGUUUUUGCAACGUGAACGAGAGAAGAGUAUCAGACAAGAUGACGUCAUGCGUUUCAAAAGCUUGUAGGUGCCUUCUUGAUUCGCAAACAUAGUGUGGCUAUAUGAGACAAUCCUCAUGUUACCCAGAGAUGUGUUUCAAAGCAUCAACUGAACCAAAAAUACGGAGUAUAUUAUUCCACCCUGUAUAGCAGUUGUGAAGACGCUGUUUUCAGUUGUGAGUACACUGUUUAACUAAGAAUGAAAUCCUGAAGAAAGCAUGUCCAGUAGUGAGACCUGUGUUUUUGAACUGGAAGAGAUGUGUAUAAAAUCUUUCAUUGUAAAAUAUAUUAAAAAACAAGUAUGAAAAA